AUUCGUCGGAUCAUCCGUAAAAUGGCGAAUGCCUUUUGGGCCGAUCUCUCAUGGUGCAGUGAGGAGGACAAGUUUGAGGAGACCCAGAUGCCCAAAUCCUUUUUGGCAUCUAUCCUCAUGAUGUUUUCCGGUCAUUUCUCACCAUGCAUAACAAAGGCAUUCGCUGAGUCUCCUCCAAACGACAUAUGGGAUAACAUAUGGGAUGUGAGGCCCAAUGAACCAGCUGGUCGCCAAGGGUCAAAAGUGCAUAUGGUUAGAGGAAUGCCAAUGCGCCUUCGAUCCUGUGCAAUCCAAGCUGAGCUCCGAUUGACCUAUUGUCCGCUACGUCCAGUCACUGGAUAUCGUUGUGACAUAAGAUUCAUUCCGUUGCCAUAUGGGUACGAGCCUGCAAUUCACGUACGAUUAUGCCAUCCCCACGUGUACUUCAAUGUUGUUGCACCCGCUGGUGUAUGCACGAACCAUGAUGAUGAUUCAUUCCGUUGCCAUAUGGGUACGAGCCUGCAAUUCACGUACGAUUAUGCCAUCCCCACGUGUACUUCAAUGUUGUUGCACCCGCUGGUGUAUGCACGAACCAUGAUGAUGUUGGGUUAUGAGCCCGAUCCACCCAAAUUGCGUCCAGUCUUGUACACUUUGAUCGAUAAGAACUAUAGGCGAUACGUAUUUCCCAAUGUUUUCGUCUAUCUUAGACGACUGCGCGAAGAAGUUGGCAUUAUUGGACUGUUCACAACUGGACUACCCGCCAGCGUGCUUGGCUCAUAUGUGAAGUCGUACACGACAGAGAAGCUUAUCGAGGCAAGCCUACACUUCAAAUGCCUGACAGAAUCCGUGUUCAAAAAAUCUUUUUAUGUGACCAAUAGAGGACUCAAAGUAUUUGUACAAGAGACAUCUAAACUGGCUGCUGCUCGUUUAGCUGGCGUUGCUGUAAGCUAUCCGUUCCAAGUAAUUAUGAUACGACAAAUGGCGGAAUUUUCUGGUUGUACCGAGUCUUAUGGCAAUUUUCUUCUGGCUAUUCCACGAAUGAUCAGAGAUGAAGGGAUCCUGAGUUUGUUUAAUGGACUCAUUCCACGCCUGCUUGGUGAGCUUGUCACUGUUUGGAUGAUCAGUUGUUUCGUAUACGUUCUGAAUGAAUACGUUUUUACCGAACGUGUUGACCCAAAUCUUAAACAGUACACACCAAUGGUUGCUGCGAUGAUGGUCUCGAAUGCGACACAUCCCCUUACCGUGACGUCUACUGUCAUGGCUGUUAGCGGUUCCAGGCUUGACCUCGCACUUCCAUUCAAAAACUGGUGGGAUUGUUACCAGUUUCUUUCUGUCGAGUGCACUGCAACUUCUUCCAACCCACGUGUAACACUGUCCCAUCUUUUUACUUCAGGUAAAUCUCUACGUGCAAUGGAACCGUCCGAUGUAUGUCAACCCUAUUACCGACUCGGCACAGAUUAUGCCUUAAAGUGCCGGCGCAAAUCGAAACUUUUGGGAUUGCUCUCGGCGUUGCUUGGUGCGAUGUUGGUCGUUUUCUCUCUGUUACUGUUGUUCAAUGUUCUGAGACCGACUACCGAUCAAUGUUGGUGGCCUACACCAGGCAGCAGGUGCUUUUGGCCAUUAGGACGUCCUCAUCAGCUCUUACUGAUAAGCAUGGAUGGGUUUCGACACGACUAUCUGGAAUUGGCGCGAUCACGUUUCGGUCCCGAUUCGUUGCCGAAUUUCGCUCGUCUGGAAGCCGAAGGAGUUCGUGCGAAUAAAUCAAUAAACGCGUUUCCUACUAUCACCAUGCCUAACCACCAUACGCUGGUAACUGGACUGUAUCCGCAAGACAGUGGGGUGGUCGGCAAUGAUGUAUAUGACAAACGCUUUCCCAACAAAACUUUUAGUAUGGGUGAUCAGAAGAGCCUAAACGAAGCUCCUUGGUUGGAUGGAUGGCCCGAGCCUAUUUGGGUCACAUUGCAGCGGAAAGGUGGACUUGCUGGCUCUCUUCUAUGGCCACUGACGGACAACUUCGUCAAUGGAGAUUUACCAUUCCAACAGGUUUCACAGUUCACUACGCUCGAUGGUUCUGUACGUUAUCCCUAUACGAAGCGUGUAAAGGAUUUGCUGUGGUGGUUGGACAAUCCCCGUUACCGGCUAGACUUAGUAUUGGCCUACUUUGAUGAACCGGACGAGACGGGCCAUGCGUAUGGACCAGAGAGUGAGGAAGUCGCUGAAGUCGUUGUGGAGUUGGACAAAUCUUUGGGCCAGCUUUUGGACGGCUUGGAAGCGCGUCAUUUGCGUGACAAGGUGGACAUAAUUCUGACUGCAGAUCAUGGCAUGUCUGCCAUGUCACAUGAGCGCGUUAUUCCCUUAGACUUGUAUGUGAAUCCCAGUGAUUACACUUACACUCAGCUAUCUACAAUGGGUUUCAUCUACCCAGUGGAAGGAAAGGAACAAUUGGUCUACCAGAAACUGCUUAAUGCUCAUCCGCAUCUGAGCGUCUACUGGUUAUCAGAUACUCCGUCUCCACUUCGCUUCAACCACAGCAAUUCCAGAAUGCCGCCUAUCGUUCUUAUUCCCGAUCCACUGUGGCAUCUUACUCACCAAACCAAUGACUCUAUUCCAGGAACCAGGUACACUCAUUUGCAAAUCAAUUUGGUUUUCACAAGAGCCUCAACUGAAGCUCCCGUUUAUGAUGUUCUUCAGCUGAAUGUGCUGCACACAGGCCGCCUGGUUUCAGUUGGCACGAUAUUCGAGAUAUCGCAGUAUAUUUUCGUAAGGGGACCAGAUAGGACAACGACGGGACGGAAGAUUGCAAGCGCCUUGUUGGAUAAAACGGUUAUUGAGUACAUGGAAGCAAACAAUGGUAGAGCCAUGCCCGGUGUUGAACUCCAACCGUCCGAAAGCAACCAACCAUAUCAUCGACUUCUUAAUGAUUACUCGAAUAAGUGUCGACAUAGAUCCAAAGCAUUCAGCUUCCUUAACCUGGUGCUGACGAUUGUUUUGGUCCUUUCGGGCCUCCUCCUACUCAGCCUUCUCAAACCACUUGUGGAUCCGUGCUGGUUGCCCGUCCCGGGUAGUAGAUGCUUUUGGCCAUAUCACAAACCCCAUACCCUAUUACUUAUCAGCAUGGAUGGUUUUCGUCACGAUUAUCUAGAAUUGGUGCGGUUACGUCUUGGUCGCGAUUCAUUGCCAAACUUUGCCCGCUUGGAAGCUGAUGGGGUUCGUGCAAACAGAUCUAUAAACGCGUUUCCCACAGUCACCAUGCCUAAUCAUCACACGCUUGUGACUGGACUGUAUCCGCAAGAUAGUGGAGUGGUAGACAACAGCAUGUUUGACAGUCAUUGGCCAAAUGAGACGUUUGAUAUGGGCAGUCAAAAAAGUUUGAAUGAAGCUCCUUGGUUGGAUGGAUGGCCCGAGCCUAUUUGGGUCACAUUGCAGCGGAAAGGUGGACUUGCUGGCUCUCUUCUAUGGCCACUGACGGACAACUUCGUCAAUGGAGAUUUACCGUUCCAACAGGUUUCACAAUUCACCACGCUCGAUGGUUCUGUACGUUAUCCCUAUACGAAGCGUGUAAAGGAUUUGCUGUGGUGGUUGGACAAUCCCCGUUACCGGCUAGACUUAGUAUUGGCCUACUUUGAUGAACCGGACGAGACGGGCCAUGCGUAUGGACCAGAGAGUGAGGAAGUCGCUGAAGUCGUUGUGGAGUUGGACAAAUCUUUGGGCCAGCUUUUGGACGGCUUGGAAGCGCGUCAUUUGCGUGACAAGGUGGACAUAAUUCUGACUGCAGAUCAUGGCAUGACUUGGAUAACACGUGAUCGUAUGAUCGUCAUCGAUGAUUUGUUGGAUCCAGCAGACUACAGUGCGACUGAAUUUUCCAGUGUCGGACUCGUCUACCCUAAACCAGGCAAAGAAGAUGAAGUCUAUUCAAAGCUCCAUGGUGCUCAUCCACACUUGAAAGUAUACUGGCUAUCCGACACUCCCUCCGUAUUGAAUUUCAACCAUACUAACUCCAGAAUGCCUGCCAUUGUCCUACUUCCUGAUCCACUGUGGCAUCUUGUUCACAGUCGCAAUGAAUCAGGUCAAGGCGGUAUACACGGCUACUCACCUGAGUUUGCCGACAUGAACCCCUUCCUGAUCGCCAGUGGACCAUCCUUCCGCAGGCACGAAGUAGUUGAUCAAGUUUAUGCAAUCGAUAUUUACACGCUUAUGUGCUGGCUUCUUCGUAUUCGUCCCGGUUCUAACAACGGCAAUCUGGAGCGAAUAGCGAACAGCUUGCUCAAACCCGAAGUCGCUGAACGGCUCCUAAGCUUUGAACGUUGGCCGGAAUGGUUCGUCUGGGUGACUCUUGAGUUGGAAUUGAUGUGGCUCUUUAUGGUAGUGAUCGUGAUUGCGUCGGCAGCUAUUGCACUUGGCAUGUCACUCCACAUGCAACGCAAGUAUUCCCGUCUCGCUGAGCACUCGCGUGAUCAUUACGAGGAUAAGAACCCCGUGUUCUAAACAAGGCUGGAUUUUUUACAUCCGGGAUAUUAUUUACUAUGCAUUGACUUCGCCGCAUACUUCAUCAAAAUCUUUGUUGUCUUUCUUUCUCCUUAUUGAUUAUUUUCAUAUCUCUCCCGUAUAAUGAACAGAAGCGUCCUUUUCUAAAAUAUUCGAGUAUCUGGAUCUAAAAUAGCCAGCUCUCUUCAUCCGACUCAAUUCUCAUGCAACGUUUGGGUAAUCAGGAACAAUCUAACGCUGUAUUAAAAAUACUUCCACCUAUAACUUAUGACGUAAACAGUGAACACGAUUUCUUUCUCCA